UAUUGUUCGCGUCUUAACGAACUGUCGUCGUUAGACGCGAUUCCGUGCAAUAUCACAGCGUUCCUUCAUGCUUCAGUUGUCACAAAUCAACGAGCGGCUCUGUGCAAUUCAAGUGAAACUCGACAUUUCUUUCCGAUGUUAUGCAAAAAUCCAUCCCCGCCAGCUAAAGUUUCGUUUAACGACGCUCGAGCGCGACACCGGUCGCGCAGUCCUCGCGGGAUCCUCGCGAUACCUUCAACUACGAAACCGUCAUUCGCGUCAUUUCAUAAAACUUCCUCUUCGACACAAAUUUCAUUUCGUAAAUUACACUGCUACUCAACUAUCGAUCACCGCCGAAAUAUUUCGUCGAAAAUCGCUCUGAUAUUUAUUUAAAAAAUUGAUUUGAGAUUAAGAAAAAAAAGUCGUGUUCGUCGGUGAAGUUACAGUUAUGCGACAACUAACCAAAUCGAUGACGAUCCGAGGAAUACGCGAUUGAAGAUAGAGAUGCUCGGUACCUCGUUGCCAUUCGGUGCGUAAAGUGUAACUUCCAAAUAGAAAGUGCAGAGAGAGAGAGAGACAGAGAGAGAGAGAGAGUGUAGAACAAUGAAGCUUAGGACAUUUCACCUCCUAUGUUACUUGUGCUUGGUGUGCACUUUCGUUCAGUCGAGGAACAACCGAAAAAGUCAGUUCACUUUGUCCAACUCUGUUUCGGAAGAGUCGACGGAACUUUUCAACGCAAACAAUUUACGGGACAAACGAGCGUUAGGACUGAUUCUCUCAGGCCUGGCGCAGGUAUUCGGCUACACUGUAGAUCCUGUGCAAAUAGCCUCGUUGCCCAACCCUAAUUCAGAGGCAAGAGUCACCAACAAUACUAUCGAGUCCAAUGGAUCGACUACUUCAGCUGCCAGACAACGAGAAACGAUCAGAUUCACCGGCGUGGUCAAUCUCGGCAAUGGAACAGACGUGCUAACUCAGUUGCAACAAUACGAAAACAUUUUCCACGGAGGAAAUGGUAGUUCAUCUUCCACGAGCUCUCCGCCACAGUUUGAUCCAAGAACGCAAACCCCUGUUCAACCACAACCAUUCUUGAUCAAGAGACUCCCUCUACCGUUUAUGUCAGAGCCUCCCUUACCGACUAUACCUCAACCCCCUCUUCCUGAGAUUCCGUCGCAAUUUAUUAAUCUGUCCUAUCCUGAAUCGUACGUCGUUCCAACGCGCAACGAUCAAGACACCGCGUACAAAAGUAAGAACGCGACCGUGAAAGAUCAAUCGCCGAUAGUAGGUCGUCUUCCAACUACGCCUGCCCCUUCUACCCAAGAUCCAGGAUGGAAGCAAGAGUACGAGGACAGACUCGCGAAACUGGAGCGAAAGCAGGAGGAACACGCGAAGAGAUUGAUGGAGCAAGAACGGUACAGGAACGGUCAGAAGAAUGAUAAUAAUGACGAUGGUGGUUCAAAGAAGGAAAUAAAUCAUAGAGGUCAAGAUUCUGGAUGUAAAGGUGACCGAGAAGAAAGUGACGAGGAGAAACAGUCGGGGGAGGAAGAUCAAUCGAGAGAGAGUUAUGAAAGUGGCGAGAAGAUUAUUACGAGUGACAAGGAGAGCGAAGAUGUAAGGUAUAGAGAUUACAAGAACGAUGACAUUUAUAAAGGGAACAGGCCUCAGACCAAUGAAAAUUAUACUAGUAUAAUACAGUACAGCAGUGAACCACUGCCUUUGAGCGAGGACGACGAACAACGGAGACCCGAAGACCUUCGUAAUAGUUAUGGAGAGCCAUUGUUUAAUGGGCAGCUAUUUGUCGAUGGGUUUGCGAAUUUCUUUGGGAAAUUGAAGCAACCUUUAAGCGAUAUUUAUAGUUCAUUGGCGCCUCCCGAGUCGAAGGAAGAGAUGUCGGAGGAAGAAGUAGAUUUACGUGACGAAGAGAAAAGUGACGAGAGGAGCAGAGAUAAGGACGACGUUCCAGCAAGAAAUAAGUACGAAGAAUACACUUUGGAAGGGGAUACAAGUAACAGAGGGGACAACGAGAUGAAAUCUAAAGAAAGUAACGUGGAAUCGCCAAUGAAAAUUUUCAACAACGGAUCGAACGACGAAAGUCGAUCUCCCUUCGAAAAUCGAGAGACGACGGAUGAGGUGGAUUUUAGUAAAUUCAUGCCUCUGAUCGUUCCUGUUCGGUAUCUGACUGCUCCCGAGGAAUCAAGAAGGACGCAAUUGAAAUCAUCGGCGAGUGAAAAACCAGAGAAGAAUAAUAUGCCAAGAGCGGAAGUUUCGAAAAAAGUUUCGUCUAAAGAAUCGAAGCGACCGAAGAAGGAAAAUUUGAAGCCAGUGGCGGGCCUUCUAGAAAGGAGAACGCCGAAGAAACUUCACGAGAGUGAACAAAAAGAAAUGCAGUUGUGGCCACCGCCGUUCGAUUUCGUUUUCGACGGUACAAUUCAUACCAACGUCGUUUCAGAAAAUUCGAACAAUGAUGACAAUAUCAAUGUUUCUAAUGGCCGAGGAAACAGUAGGGAAUCUGAAUCUUCCGAUAGAAUGGAGGAUAAAAGUCGUGAGAAGGAAAGAAAUCAAGCAACACUUGACAAUUCAACUCAGAAGCCUUACGAUUAUCCUGAGAAUAUUUAUUAUCAAAAUUUUAAGGAAGAAUCCGGAUAUGGAACAGUACCUGAGGGACAAACAAUGGAGAAUAGAACUACAGAAAAAUCGAAUAGAACAAGUUUUGAAAUAGAGUCUGAUCACGAUGAUAAUAACAGAAAAGAAGUACCAGAUUUUUCGGAACGUUACAAGUACAUUUCGUAUAAUAAUUAUGGAAUCGCGAAACGACCAAACAUCGGAAUAGAAAAUUUUCCAAAGUUGCAGGAUUCUAAAAAUCUUGAAUCCUCGAAACGCAGUAUUGAAAGAAACGAACAACCUUUGGAAAGUAAACAGCAGUUGAAUGUUAAAAAUCGUAUAAUGCAAGAUAUUCCAGUUUCUCAACGCAAGUUCCAAUCUACGAUGUUUUUUUACCCUAUGGAGAAUUAUAAUUUAUUCAAUUUUGAUGGAGAUGUUUAUGACCUCAAUUAUGGGAGGAGAAACGAGAGAUUGUCCGGGAUAUCUGAGGGUGACAAAAACGUUGAACACGAAGAAAGAGAUAGCUUGACCAUGCCGCAGCAGAACGUGUAUCACUAUGACGAAAGUUUAACGAAAAUCGCCAAUGAACCGGAAAGUAAAGCCGCGAAAGUUGAAAAUUACGCGAACGGCGCUACCGUUAUGAGAAUGGUAGAACAAGAACACGUUAAUCCGAAUGGACCGAUUAGUUAUGUCGAUUAUUCUCGCAUUUUAUAAUUUUUCUACGAUUCCCAAACAGAUUGUGCAGUAUGAUUUAUUUUCAAUAUUUAACUUAAUUUAACAAGUGACAUUUAAAAAUCUUCCUUAAUAAAGCAGUUAUUAAAAAUUUUACGAUUGAUUAAUUCUUUACUAUAUAAUUCGUAUGUUUCAUAAUUUUUCUCGAGUAAUUUAAAAAUUUGAUGAACUAGA